UGUGCUUACAGCAAUGUCAUAAUCCACAUUUCAUGUUUUAAAAAUAUGUGCGAGGAAUCGGUAACGAAGGAUGGCGUUACCUGUUGUUAUAACUACUACCACAACGGAUCAGCAUGUGUUCGUUGUCUCCCGGGAUAUUAUGGAAAUGAUUGUACAAGUAAGUGUGAACAUCCCAGUUAUGGCGAUCAGUGCUACAAGAGGUGUAAAUGUGACCUUACGUCUUGCCAUCAUGUAACAGGAUGCAUAGCGGAUUAUAAUCAAAGAUCACAAUUUCCAACUGAAAGUCUGGAAACAUUUAGUACUCAAGAUGUCCCAAUUUAUCAUGAAACGCAUUCGUUUGGAAAUGUUUCCUCAAAUACUAAAAAACCUCAAUACAGUAGUUACAGCAUAACAAACACAAAGACCAUCACAAUAUUAAACAGUAGCAGUACUGAUUCAAAUAAAGUUGAUGCUUCAAUGCCUACUCCUACAAAUAUUCAAAUUGAUACCAACAUUUUAAUAAUAACAGUAGGGGGUGUAAUUGCACUACUUCUUAGUAUUCUAGUUGUACAGCAUUGCUUAAAACUUCGUUUAAAACGGAGAAAGUAUGCACAACAGAUGUCUUUGAAACGAAGCCCAUUCAAAGAGGAAGAGACGUAUCAAGAGAUAAACGAAUCGUUAAUGACCGUAGGACAAUAUAAUAACCGCAAUGAUCAUCAAGAACUUGGCAAAUACUUUGAACUACAAACCUCAGAUCAAUCUUCUGCUGUGCCAUAUGAAAAGAUGAAAACCGAGUUACAAUAUGAAGAAGUAAACGAAUCUUCUGUGUUAUCAUCACCCACAUGUAGUACAGAUUCAAAUAGCAGCAAUAAAUCAUACCUAGUACCGAAGAAAAACAAGAGACGAAGCUACGUAGAUGUUUUAGAUACUAGCACUGAAAAUACUCCAAUUUCCGUUGAGGACAUCCAUACACCAUUGAAUGACAAACAAAGCAACAAAGAUAAGAGUGAAUCAUCAGAAUAUUUAGAUCCUAUCAUUGAUGCAAACAUUAAUGAAAACGCAUCACAAAGUUGUGAUGUAGGAGGCAAUAGUGAUGCUUAUUUAGAUGUUACACAUGAAACAAUUGUUUAGUAUAAUUAUUUAGUUCGAAUUUUCUUUAAGGAAGAGGUCUUUUCUGGUUUUCGACUUGUCAAACAUUAAUUUGACUAACUGCUAAUUAUAUCAAGAUAAAAGGAAAUCAAAGUAGUAUAUAUUUUUUUCUUUCUUACUAUCAUACAACUUGGCAUUGAAAUACUAAUCCAUGUUUAGAAUCUAACAAGGACUAUAUUUUUGGCGGAAUAUUGGCGUAGGAAAAUAUCACGUUUCGCAAUUUCGAAUUGCCGUAGAUUAAUGAGUCUGUUUUAGCAUUUUUAAAACAAUAAUAUUAAUGUUAGAUUUUUUAACUAAUGUGAACUAAUGAGAUGAUAAUUCGGUGUCGGAAUAUGUUUUUAAAAUAUGAUUUGCCAAUCAAAUUACAUUUUAUAAGCUUUUCAAAGCGCCCAUUCUAUACAUAAGUUUGUGUGAAAAAAUCACUGGACUCCGUUUUUCUCUCUUAUUUAAUGGUCAAUAUAUUAGCUUUUCUGUCAAUUUAUAUCUUUAUAUAAAGUCUUCAGAAUACGUAAAAAUCAGAAAUAUUUUAAUAUUGGAAGCAUAAAAAAUAAUUAAAAUAUCUUCAAAAAUUUAAGAAAAUUAGAGGAAAUGCGGGCUAAGCAAUAUCAAUUUUAGUUUCAAUAUUUAUUCCAAUUUAGCUGUAUAAGCGGAUAGGCAUUUUGAUAAUCUGUCAUUUCACUGAAGAAUAGAUUCUUCAUAUCUUAAACAGAUGUCCACAUAACUGCAAAGAACUUCAUUUAUUUUUAUCAUCCUUUAAGUUCAGGAAAAUGGUAGCUAUAUAGUGAGCUUGACCUGACCUUUAUGUGAAAACAAGGAGGUCUAAUUUGAUUAAACUGAUAGAAUUAUUUAGUUAUAUGAUCUGUUUGAUUGUGUCCAAAUUUCAUGAUGUAUGAUAACGAGAAGACUCCUUCCUUAAGCAAAUGUUCUUAUGAUUACAAGUUUUAUACAAUUAAGCUAAAGGCUGUAUUUGGG